CUCAGACCGGGAUAAGCGAGAAGCCGGUUGCUUCUGGCAGCCCGCUCUUUGAGCCCUGGGAACCGCCGUGGCGGUCGGCACGGCAGCACCAGAGGCUGCAAGCACAACCCGGGCCCAGUUCCAGCCGGGCGCGACCGGCGCGGGAGCUGCUUCAGCACCACGGACAGCGCCCCGCCUGCGGCCCUCUAGCCGGCCGCGCGCUCCGGCAGCUUUAGGGGAGCCGGCGAGCUAUGCCAGAGGCAUGGCCUGGCGCUCUGGCCCCAUGGCGCUGUUCCUCAGCUUUGGCCUCCUCGGGCUGUGCUCAGGAGUCUGGGGUACAGACACAGAGGAGCGGCUGGUGGAGCAUCUCCUGGAUCCUUCCCGCUACAACAAGCUUAUCCGCCCAGCCACCAAUGGCUCUGAGCUGGUGACAGUACAGCUCAUGGUAUCACUGGCCCAGCUCAUCAGUGUGCAUGAGCGGGAGCAGAUCAUGACCACCAAUGUUUGGCUGACCCAGGAGUGGGAGGAUUAUCGUCUAACCUGGAAGCCUGAGGAAUUCGACAACAUGAAGAAAGUUCGGCUCCCUUCCAAACACAUUUGGCUCCCAGAUGUGGUCCUGUACAACAAUGCUGACGGCAUGUACGAGGUGUCCUUCUAUUCCAAUGCCGUCGUGUCCUAUGACGGCAGCAUCUUCUGGCUGCCGCCUGCCAUCUACAAGAGCGCGUGCAAGAUCGAAGUAAAGCACUUCCCAUUUGACCAGCAGAACUGCACCAUGAAGUUCCGCUCGUGGACCUACGACCGCACCGAGAUCGACCUGGUGCUCAAGAGUGACGUGGCCAGCCUGGACGACUUCACACCAAGUGGCGAGUGGGACAUCGUGGCGCUACCGGGCCGGCGCAACGAGAACCCGGACGACUCCACUUACGUGGACAUCACGUACGACUUCAUCAUCCGCCGCAAGCCACUCUUCUACACCAUUAAUCUCAUCAUCCCCUGCGUCCUUAUCACCUCACUGGCCAUCCUUGUCUUCUACCUGCCAUCCGACUGCGGUGAGAAGAUGACGCUGUGCAUCUCCGUGCUGCUGGCGCUCACCGUCUUCCUGCUGCUCAUCUCCAAGAUCGUGCCGCCCACCUCCCUCGACGUGCCGCUUGUCGGCAAGUACCUCAUGUUCACCAUGGUGCUCGUCACCUUCUCCAUCGUCACCAGCGUGUGCGUGCUCAACGUGCACCACCGCUCACCCACCACGCACACCAUGGCGCCCUGGGUCAAGGUCGUCUUCCUGGAGAAGCUGCCCACGCUGCUCUUCAUGCAGCAGCCGCGCCACCGCUGCGCCCGCCAACGCCUGCGCCAGCGGCGGCGCCAGCGCGAGCGCGAGGGAGCCGGCGCCCUCUUCUUCCGCGAAGCCCUGGAGGCCGACUCCUGUACGUGCUUCGUCAACCGCGCGUCGGUGCAGGGCUUGGCUGGGGCCUUCGGCUCGGAGGCGGCGCCGGCAGGCUGUCCCGGACACCCCGGGGCGCGGUGUGGCUGCGGCCUCCGGGAGGCGGUGGAGGGUGUGCGCUUCAUCGCGGACCACAUGCGGAGUGAGGACGAAGACCAGAGCGUGAGUGAGGACUGGAAGUAUGUUGCCAUGGUGAUCGACCGCCUAUUCCUUUGGAUCUUUGUCUUCGUCUGUGUCUUUGGCACCAUUGGCAUGUUCCUGCAGCCUCUCUUCCAGAACUACGCCACCGCCACCUUCCUCCACGCAGACCACUCGGCUCCCAGCUCCAAGUGAGGCCCUCCCCAGCUCCAUGCUCCUUCACCCCUCUGUUGUACAGUAGUUUUGGGUGGAGGAGGAAUGAGUGAGCUACCAGAAAGAGGGGCAUUGCCCCCACAGACCCAACUUUUCACUUCACCUGGUCCUCCUCCCCCUCCCCUCCCCCCACACCUAGCCAGCACCAAUCCGGAGGCUGGACCGGCCGUGUCGUGUUGUGGCUGCUGUCUUCCUCUUCUACCAACGCAGGCAAUAGUGCUGCUGGUUGAGGAUGAAGGCUGAGAAGCGGAGGAUGGAGGGUCGGAGCCUUCCCGCCCCCCGAGGAAAGUGUGAUAGGGAGGGGUCAGGAAGGGGACAGAGUCGUCGGCUGCUUCCACAUCAUGGGAAAAGGGGUGCACGGGGGCAAGACAGGGGCUCCGACUGUGCGGGGCUGGCCUGACACAGUGCGGCUCAGAAGGGGGAAGCAGGGGGGAGGCCUGGGUGUGGGCUGAUGUCCGCCCCUGCUUAGGUGGCCAGCGGCUGGCUGGGUGGGCCUCACAGCGGGCAGGGGUUCCUGCCCAGAGGUUAGCCAGGCGCUGAGGUCAGAGUCCUAGCGGAGGCUUCCAGCUCAGUCCCACAGCCUCUUGCUUCUAAGGGGCCCAGAGCUCAGCCCCAGGUCCCCUUCUCCCAGGGAAGAAUUCUCCCUAGACUUCCUUUUUUUUUCCUUUCUUGCGCAAGCCAGGGUGUGGGGGCAAAGUUGGGCUUUAGGGGAGCCUCUGAGUUCUGAAUCUUGGGGUGACCUGCUUGGAGCUUAAGGGCCAAAUGCUCAAACUGUGUAAGUUCAAGUUCACAAGCGGUUUCCCACCCUGCCACCCCACCCCUGCAGUCUGAACUGACUGGUAGUUGGAGUAAGUAAACUAAGGAUGUUAACUUUAAGCAGACCCAGCCCUUUUGCCCGCAGCAGAGCAGGCUGGGCAGGAGAGGGCUGGCUGUGGAGGCCAGCCAAGCAGGGUGUGAAUGGCCAGAACUCUGCCACAUCAGCACAGCUCCUGCUCCCGUCCUUCUAUUCCGGGCUCCAUCCUUCCUGCUCUGGCUCCUCCCCUUCCCCCUCCCAACCAAACCUGAACAGGGUUGAAGCAGAACCUCGGAAGGACAGGUCUGCUGCUGCCAGUCUGCACAGCGGACGGCACACAGAGCACAGCCUGCGGCUUCCUGUCCUGUAUGUCCCCGGAGGCUGUAUCCUGACGCUGCUCCCAGGGCCCAGCUGGAGGCCACCUGGCCUGUUAGCCCAGGAAACAGACCUCUUAAGGGAUCACCUGCCCUGGCUCCCACCACAUGACAGGCUCUGGUCCCAGCCUGGGCUCCGUGCCGGGCCAGCGGUCACAGAGGGGUCCGUCCACCUACCAAGUGCACCUGAGGGGCCUGCCUGACACCCCGUGCCGUUCUCUGGAGCCUGGCUGGACGCCUACUCCUGCAGGCACCGCAGAGGUGGGGAGAUGCAGUGCAGGCGCAGAGCGCUGGACAGGGAGCAGGGUCUGGAUUCUGGCCGCCCCCCGCCACUUACUCUCAGCCACCCUGAGCACGUCUGGCUAGGCCUCAGCUUUCUCACCUAGAAAUCGGGGAUAGUAAAACCCUCUCCGUGGGGUUGCUGUGAGGAAGGACUGAUGCUUGUGAAGAAGCCCAGUGCUAUACCUGGCGUAGAUGUGUCGUGAAUGUCAAGUCUGAGAGGCCGUCAGAGCCGGUGGGCAUGGGCUCAGCUGCCUGUCCUAUUACUCUUCCUCCCAGACCCACCCUCACCCUGGAGCAAACAGCCCCCUGAAACAGGGCCUGGGUCUGGGGGAGCUGGAGCCAGGCAGGAAGGACACAGGGAAUGCUGGGGUAAGCCUGGCAGGUGGGCUGCCCCCUGGAGCCUCCUCAGCAAAGGUGCGUUCCAUUCCUGGGCUGAGCUCGGACUCUGGCCUCCCUUCUGGAUUGGCGCCUCCCGACACAGGUGUGUGCCCAGGCCCCCAGAUGAUCUAGUCCUGGACUGGCUGUGGAGGAACGCCAUCGGGACAUUAAGCCAGCAGCUGGACUUCCCCACCUGCCAGAAGGAGCUGGCAGACAUCUCUUCGGGGGGGCAGGGGUGGGGGAGCGGUGAGUGUCUCGGCACCACGGAGACUCCCUCCUUCCAGAACAGCAGAUGGAGAGCUGCCUGCAUGACGCCUGGACCCACCUCAGACUCACAGCCCUGAGGGAACAUCCCCGAGCCUGAAACAGCUAGUGAGAAGGAACCGUCUCUGAAGGGUAGGUGCUGACCUGAGGCCCUCCUGCCCAUCUCCCCCUUGCUCCUCGCCAGGGCCUGGGCUGCUGGGGAGGCCCCAUUGGCUGCUGUUGUGGCUGGACUUGCUUUCAGUACUUCCUGCAAGUGGCUGUUGUCCAAGGAACUCACGAGACAGUGCCAGAGGGGCUGCUGGAGAGCAGCUUGUUCAACU